AUGUUUUCAAAUAAUAAUCAUCACAACCACAACAAUCCACAGCAAGUUCCUUUUACGAGUUAUAACCACCUUCCAAAUGAUCUUCCAAAUUACAAUCACCUACCUUCCAAUCCUCCUUUCAAUCCAUACACUCCUUCCAUGCAACAUCAUCAUUCAGUUCCUUCUUCCUUGAUUCUGAAUUCCUCUUCCAAUCAUCCUUUCAACCAACCAAAUAUGACAACGACGAGAAUUCCACCAACAAAUUUUUUUUCUCAACCUUCUUCUGUUCCGCCACAUCAAAUAUUACCAAACACGGCUAUUGUUCCAACCAUGAUGAUCAAUUCUCCACCACCACAAACGCCACCAACUCAUAUUCACACAGGUCAUUAUGAUCCAGCCAUAUUUGGCAAUGUUCAUCCUCACCAUCACAUGCCACAACCAAGUCAUGGCUUCAGUGGACCUGUGAUAAUGCCACCUGCACAAAACCUGAGUUCUUCAACUUACAAAAACUCACAGAAUGCAAGUCCUCAGAAAUACCUUUCCACCAAUUCGAAACAGUCAUCAUCUAAUUUGUCACAAUCAGGAAACAGUACAAUGGAAAAGAAGGACAAAAUUCCUGAACCAACCAACUUUUGCCGGGAUUGGAAAAAGUGUUCUCUCACCCGAUUAGACGAACAACACAAAUGUGAAUUUCGACAUUUGUGUACCAUCAAAAAUUGUGACAAGUGGAAAGAAAACAAAACUCACAAAGCCAGAUUCAUUCACAUUUGUGCUCAUGGAAAGAAAUGUCAUUACCAAGACAAUGAAGAUCAUACCCACAACUUUAUUCAUCCAUGUACCUAUGGAAGCAAAUGUAACUAUUUAAGUGAUCCACUUCAUCGAAUUCGUUUCUCUCACGAUGAUUUGGAUGUUGAUGACAACUUUGAUUGGUCUGACACUUGGACGACAUCACCACCCAAUUCCAUUACAAAAAUUUCAAAGAAAUAUACUCGAUUGUUUUCAUUACCCAAGACUUCUGAUGAGUGCAAGAAGAUUGAGGCGAAAUUUUUGAAAUCUGUUCAACAUUCACACUCUUCGGCUCAGGUGAUCAAAAUAGAACGAAUUGAAAAUGCACAAAAAUGGGAAGAAUAUACCACACUCCGUUAUCACAUCCAGUGCAAAAACAAAGGAAAUGCCAAUGAAAAGAUUUUAUAUCAUGGUUGUGAUGCAGAUACUGCACAGAAAAUAAUUGGUUCGGAAUAUGGCUUUGAUUAUCGUUUGACCACGACUGGUUUUUAUGGCCAAGGUGCCUAUUUUGCAGUGAAUGCAAGUUAUAGCCAUGGUUAUACGAAAGCAAGCUCUAAUGUUCAUGUGUCGUGUCACGAUUGGUGA